CAAUGGCGACUAACGGGGGGCAAUCCUCUCAAACCCAGCCGAGACGAAGAAAUCGAAGUAAAAACAUAUUAAAUCAGAUCAGAAAUGGGGAGAUAUCAGGUUUGGGACUGAUCAGAGCUUCACAGAUCCCAGUAGAUCUUCUUGAAGAAAGAGACAGGAAAGCACGAUGGCGGGGAAUACCGCUGUUACUUAGGAAACUGCACAACAGCACCCAUAUAAACAGUGACCUUUCCAACAGCCACUCCGUGGUUAAGGAAUUGUCGUCCUUGCUCUCCAUGGAGGCUAUGUCCUUUGUGACAGAAGAUAGGAAAACACCACAGGAGUCUGUCUCUCCCAACACCUACACCUUUGACCUUUUUGGAGGCGUCGAUUUGUUUAUAGAGAUUUUGAUGCGGCCAACGCUCUCAAUACAGGGAAAUGUACCCAUAAUAAGUGACGACCUUAUCAAGGACUGUUUAAGCAUUCUUUACAACUGCUGUAUAUGUACUGAGGGUGUUACGAAAAGUCUUGCAGCACGGGAUGACUUUGUCAUGUUCCUCUUCACUCUAAUGUCAAACAAAAAGACUUUCUUGCAAACUGCCACACUUAUUGAAGACAUAAUGGGGGUUAGAAAGGAUGUUAUCCAGCUGGAGGAUAUUUCUAAUCUGGCCAGCCUGGUGCAAAGCUUCAACCAGCAGCAACUGGCAAAUUUCUGCCGCAUACUGUCUAUCACUAUAUCAGAGCCAGAUGCGGGCACGGAUGACAAACACACCCUACUGGCUCGUAACGCUCAGCAGAAGGUCAACUCGACUCCAUCACGUGCCGAAAGCAACCAAGUGGCUUUGCUUAACAUCCCUGGCUUUAUUGAGCGGCUGUGCAAGCUGGCCACGCGGAAGGUGUCGGAAGCAUCAGGUACGGCUGCGCUGCUGCAGGAGCUGGAGGAUUGGCACAGCUGGCUGGAUAACGCUCUAGUUCUGGAUGCUCUCAUGCAAAUGGCUAUUGAAGAGGCAGAGCAGAGCAGCACAGAAUCUUCAGAUGAAGGCUCACUAUCCUCAAGUCCACUUAGGCACACGUUGCCCCAGUCCAUGAAGAUAGUGCAUGAGAUAAUGUACAAAGUAGAGGUUCUCUAUGUGCUUUGUGUCCUGCUGAUGGGUCGGCAAAGAAAUCAGGUUCAUAGGUUGUUGGCGGAGUAUCGAUUGAUUCCAGGACUGAACAACCUGUUUGAAAAGCUGAUUUGGAGAAGACAGCCAUCCAAUCACAUCUUACACAGACAGAACCAGAACUGUGAUUGCAGUCCAGAAAUCUCAUUCAAGAUUCAGUUCCUCAGGCUGCUUCAGAGCUUCAGUGACCACCAUGAGAACAAGUAUCUUCUCCUAAAUGCGCAGGAACUUAAUGAACUGAGUGCCAUCUCACUAAAAGCCAACGUUCCUGAAGUGGAGGCUCUGGUCAACACAGACAGGAAUCUUGCAUGUGAUGGGAAGAAGGGUCUUCUGACUCGGCUGAUUGCAAUUAUGAAGAAAGAGCCCGUCGAUUCCUCAUUCAGGUUCUGGCAGGCUAGAGCAGUGGAGAGUUUCUUGAGAGGAGCCACGUCCUACGCAGACCAGAUAUUCCUGUUAAAGAGAGGCCUCUUGGAGCACAUCCUUUUCUGCAUCAUUGACAGUGGCUGUAAAUCCCGGGAUAUCCUUCAGAGCUACUUUGAUCUGUUGGGCGAGCUCAUGAAGUUUAAUAUUGAUGCCUUUAAAAGAUUCAACAAAUAUGUGAACACAGAUGAAAAGUUUCAGACGUUCCUGAGUCAGAUUAACAGCUCGCUGGUGGACUCCAACAUGUUGGUACGCUGCAUUGUUCUGUCCCUGGACCGCUUUGAGGGACAGACGGACAAUAUAAAAGUAGUGGAAGUGAUGUCAGAGUGCCGUCUCUUAUCCUACAUGGCUCAAGUUGAGAACAGGCUCUCCUUCCUCUUCAGGCUGAUCAACAUCAUCAACGUUCAGACUCUCACUCAGGAGAAUGUGAGCUGUCUGAACACCAGUUUAGUGUUGCUGAUGCAGGCCAGGUGGCGGGGCAAAUUACCUUGCUACCUGAGAGCUCUCAAGGAGAAGGAGUAUGCCGAGAAAUAUCCUGGGUGCUUACUCAACAACUUCCAUCAUCUGCUGCACUUCUGGCAACACCACUACCUCAACAAAGACAAGGAUAGCACUUGUCUGGAGAAUAGUUCCUGCAUUCCUUUCACCUACUGGAAGGAGACAGUGACAAUGUUGCUGAGUUCAGAUAGAAGCUCCCUCUCUGCUAUAGCUACGUACAUAGAUGAGGCCUACAGGGAGCUGGACAGAGACUUUAUGGAGGUGUGAUCAUGGACUGCGUGUGUGUGUGUGUU